UGGGCGCAGGCGGGGCGGGGCCCCCUCUCCAGCCGCCCGCCCCCUGCCUGAUCCCCGCCCGCCCUCCGGCCGCGUCCCCGCCGGCCCUGCCGACGUGGCGGGGCGGGACCCGCCGGGCACUCCCGCGCGCACUCGGCGGCCUGAGCGAUAUUAAAAUGUCUGAUGAUGCUGGUGACACCUUAGCCACUGGAGACAAAGCAGAAGUUACUGAGAUGCCCAAUAGUGAUUCUUUACCUGAAGAUGCAGAAGUGCACUGUGAUUCAGCUGCAGUUUCACAUGAGCCAACACUGGCUGACCCCAGAGAGGACGGGCAUGAAAAUGCAGCUGUGCAGGAGGCAGUGGCUGCUGCCACUGGGCCUCCUGUGCAGCCUCAAGAUGCCAGCACCAUGGAGCCCCCUCUCAAUGGAGAAGUGACUAAGGAUACACUUGCUGAGUGUAUUGAUUCCGUCAGCCUUGAGGCAGAACCCAGAUCCGAAAUACCCCUGCAAGAACAGAAUCAUCCGGCUGUGGAUUCCCCUCCAAGUGGAGGAGGAUGGGCAGGCUGGGGAUCCUGGGGCAAAUCCCUGCUGUCAUCAGCAUCUGCCACAGUAGGUCAUGGACUGACAGCGGUCAAGGAAAAAGCAGGGGCCACUCUACGGAUUCACGGUGUAAAUUCUGGAUCUUCCGAAGGGGCCCAACCAGAUACUGAAAACGGGGUCUCUGAAAUAACAGAUGCGGCCACAGAUCAGGGCUCUGCAGAAAGCCCACCCACUUCCCCUUCAUCAGCCUCUCGGGGGAUGCUGUCCGCCAUCACCAACGUGGUUCAAAACACAGGUAAAAGCGUCUUGACUGGAGGUCUUGAUGCGUUGGAAUUCAUCGGCAAGAAAACCAUGAAUGUCCUUGCAGAAAGUGACCCAGGCUUUAGGCGGACCAAGACGCUCAUGGAGAGAACCGUUUCCUUGUCUCAGAUGUUAAGGGAAGCUAAGGAGAAAGAGAAGCAGAGACUGGCACAGCAGCUCACGGUGGAGAGAACUGCCCACUACGGGAUGCUGUUUGAUGAAUACCAAGGUUUAUCACACCUGGAAGCCCUGGAAAUUCUGUCCAAUGAAAGCGAAAGCAAGAUUCAGUCAUUUUUAGCAUCACUUGAUGGAGAGAAGCUGGAACUCUUAAAAAAUGACCUAAUUUCCAUUAAAGACAUCUUUGCAGCCAAAGAAUUAGAGAAUGAAGAAAAUCAAGAAGAACAAGGCUUAGAAGAAAAGGGAGAAGAAUUUGCUCGCAUGCUUACAGAGCUUCUCUUUGAAUUACAUGUGGCGGCCACGCCUGACAAACUCAAUAAGGCCAUGAAGAAGGCCCAUGACUGGGUGGAAGAGGAUCAGACCAUGGUGUCGGUAGAUGUGGCAAAAGGGUCAGAGGAGGAAACAAAGACGGAAGAAAAGGAAGAGAAACCUCACAACCCUCAAGAAGACAAAAAGGAAGAAAAGAGAACUAAGACCACAGAGGAAGUAUACAUGUUGUCCAUUGAAAGUCUCGCAGAGGUAACAGCACGCUGUAUCGAGCAGCUUCAUAAAGUAGCAGAAUUAAUUCUUCACGGACAAGAAGAGGAAAAACCAGCUCUGGACCAAGCAAAAGUUCUAAUAAACCCUGAUUGUCCCAGCCUUACCAAGCUGCACCUAGUCCCUGACUUGUCUGUACAAUUAACUACUGCGAUGUGCAAUGAAGUGGCCUCCUUAUCAAAGAAGUUUACGAGUUCUUUAACCACUGUUGGGAGCAACAAGAAGGCCGAGGUCCUUAACCCCAUGAUCAGUAGUGUAUUGUUGGAGGGCUGCAACAGCACGACGUACAUACAGGAUGCCUUUCAGCUGCUGCUGCCUGUUCUUCAGGUCUCACAUAUCCAGACCAGUUGUUUGAAAGCACAGCUGUGACCUGGCCAGACUCCGUCUAGUUUAAGGAGACAACUGGCUGCAUUGCCUCAAUAUGUGCCAUUUAAGGGGAUAUUCUUGGUAUAUCUGGCCACAGACACCCAUUUGAAGACACUACAAGCAAUUUUGCACAGACAAUAUUGAGAAUGCAAGUUUAAAGAGAGUUAUCAUUUCUUCAAUGUGUAUGAUUUUUUUUAUAAACAAUUGUGUUUUCUUUAUUUUAAUUUAAACUUACAUGGCUUAUAUUGAAAAUUUCCUUUUAUCUGAAAUUUAUUUACAAAUAUUGAUAUUCUUUUUCCUGGUUAAGCAUGCUAUAUUUAGAAACUCAUGGCAGACCUUAGACGUCUUUUAUAAUCCUUUAAAUUUCAACCUUUAAAUGUUCCAUUCUUAUCGUAUUACUUUAAAUCCAUUCUAAAACUGAACUUUGUUUUGUUACAUAAAUGUCACGGGCAAAAAUAACACUACUUAUAGAUUUUACCUAUUAUGGUAAAAAAAAAAUAGAGGGACAUAUGGUUAUUCAUUCUUUUUUUUUCUUUUUGAGACGGAGUCUUGCUCUGUUGCCAGGCUGGAGUGCAGUGGCACAAUCUGGACUCGUUUCAACCUCCACCUCCCCAGUUCAAGCAAUUCUCCUGCCUCAGUCUCCCAAGUAGCUGGGACUACAGACAUGCACCACCAUGCCCAGCUAUGUGUGUGUGUGUGUGUGUGUGUGUGUGUGUGUGUAUUUUUAGUAGAGACAGAAUUUUACCAUAUUGGCCAAGAUGAUCUUGAUCUCCUGACCUCGUGAUCUGCCCCCCUCCCAAAGUGCUGGGAUUACAGGCAUGAGCCACUGCACCUGGCUGGUCAUUCAUUCUUGCAACAAGCAUUUAUUGAGCACCUACUAUGUGCUCAAAGUAAAGAAACAUGAUCUCAUCCCAGUACAGGUAGAUCUUCUGAAAGAGAAUAAUUCUUAAACUGCUUAAAACAGGGUCUCCCAUCCCCAGGCCACAGACCAGUACCAGUCCAUGGCCUGUUAGGAACCAGGCCGCACAGCAGAGGGUGAGCAGUGUGGGUGAGCAAGCACAGCUUCAUCUGUAUUUACAGUUGCUCCCAUAGCUUGCAUUACCGCUUGAGCUCCGCCUUCUGUCAGAUCAUCAGCCGCCACAUUAGAUUCUCAUAAGAGUGCAAAUACUAUUGUGAACUGCACAUGCAAGGGAUCUAGGUUGUGUGCUCCUUGUGAGAAUCUAAUGCCUGAUGAAUCUAAUGCCUGAUGAUCUGAGAUCAAACAGUUUCAUCCUGAAACCAUCCCCUACUCUUCAUCCCCCUACCCCCAGUCUGUGAAAAAAUUGUCUGCCACCAAACUGGUCCCUGGUACCAAAAGGUUGGGGAACCACUGGGUUAAAACGCCCGUAAAUUUGGCCAAGUGAGGUGGCUCACACCGGUAAUCCCAGCAUUUUAGGAGCCUGAGGUGGGCGGAUCAUGAGGUCAGGCCUUUGAGACCAGGGCUGACCAACGAGGUGAAACCUUAUCUCUACUAAAAAUACAAAAAAAUUAGCUGGGCAUGGUGGCACAUGCCUGUAAUCCCAGCUAUUCAGGAGGCUGAGGCAGGAGAAUUGCUUGAACCCAGGAGGCGGAGGUUGUGGUGAGCUGAGAUCGUGCCACCACAAUCCAGCCUGGGUGACAGUGAAAUUCUGAGACUCCAUCUCAAAACAAACAACAACAACAACAACAAAAAAGCGGUACAUUCUUAAAGCUUAAAAACUUUGAAUAACCAAGUAAAUUGGUGGUUUUUAAAAUAUCUUACCCUUUAAUCUGUUAUAUUUUCCUAUACUCCUUACACUGUUUUACCCCAAACUUUAUAUAUGAAGUGAAAAUAUAUAUAUGAAAAUGGAUAUUGAAGAGUAGUUUAAAAUUAAUCUCUUACGAUUAUGAGAGGAUGAUGACAUACUUACAAAGCUGGAAGUGUUCAAAUAGAAAAUCAGUAUAAUAGAAUCCCAGGACUGCAUUUUAAAAUCCGCUUCACAGAUCACACUCACUGGUGGCAAAUACCAUCAUCGUUGCUAAAGGACAGAAAAUACUGAUGUGCAUUUUAACUAACUGGUAUAUUGAUCUGCGAGAGGCUGAAGACCCUGCAGCCAGGAAGGGCAUUAUCAGUGGAUGCUUCUCCUGAGCUCCACACCUUCAUUGCAGGUGCGUGUUCUGUAGAAUACUCCUGCUUCACGGCCCCAUGGACGUCCCUACAGGCACUGUCAUGAGAAGCCUUGCCCAGUAGCUCUCUCAAGGGCAAAUGAAGCUCAUAGUUUUGUAAGGUGAAAACCUCUUACUCACUUUUUCUUUGAUUACCCCAAUGUAGUAGACUGCCUUUGUUCCACACAGGCAAAGUAGGGCUAUUUUAAUAUCUUCCUACUUCGUGUUAGCAUUUAAUUUGUCUAUGUACUGUAUCUCAUUUGUAUGUCUCCUGAAACAUCCAAAUUGAAGACAUUAGACCACUUUAUUUGCAAUCUGGAAAAAAUCAUCUGAGAAAUCAAUUAAAGAUUUUUCCCCU